AUGAUAGUUGUUAGUCACACUUCAGCAUAUGCGUUGCUUAACAUGAACAAGCUUAUGUGUUACGAUUUGAGUGAUUCUUUGUCAGGCUCUCAGUGGAUGCUGGAAAGUGCAGAUAUCACUGACCCCUUGAUCUGCUGUGUCAUUUCCUAUAGAAUGACCCACAUAGACACGUUACUUCCAGCAGCUGUGCAGGAAACAUGGUCUUGGGAGCAGUACUUGAGGGAACAGAAGGCUGUGGCUGUACCAGUUGAAUUAUUUUCCAAGGAUCAAUCCUUUCCGGAGCAGGAGAAUGGUUUUCAGAUUGGAAUGAGAUUAGAAGGCAUUGAUCCUCGACAUCAAUCUCUAUUUUGUGUGCUUUAUGUAGCCGAGGUGUGUGGUUAUCGACUCAGACUUCAUUUUGAUGGUUACUUAAGCUGCUAAGAUUUUUGGAGCAAUGCUGGCUCCCCUAACAUCCGUCCCAUAGGGUGGUGUGAAAAGACCAAGCAUGAACUGCACAUUCCUAAGGGUUAUAGAAAAGAUCAGUUUGUUUGGAUGAAUUACUUGAAGGCUUGCAAAUUGCAAAAUGCUCCAAAGAAAUUACUCAGAAGCAGUUCUCCUAAUGGACCAGUGCCUAGAGAAUUUCAGGUUGGAGUGAAGCUCGAGGCCAUCGACAAGAAGAACCCUUCCCUGGUGUGUGUGGCAACCAUAGCAGAUAUUGUUGAAGAUCGCUUACGAGUACACUUUGACAACUGGGGUGAUAGUUACGACUACUGGUGUGAUGUAAAUAGUCCUUAUGUCCAGCCAGUUGGUUUGAACGGAAUAACUCUGAUAGCACCCCAUGGCUGUCCUGAUCCAGAAAAUUUUUCUUGGACAGAAUAUUUGAGAGCUACACAAACUACUACAGUGCCUUCCGAAGUUUUUCAAAUGCGGCUGCUUCAUGGUUUUUUGCCAAACAUGAUACUUGAAGUUGUGGAUAAACGAAAUCCUCAGCUAAUUCGUGUUGCUACAAUCACAGAAGUUGGCGGACCAAAGAAUAAAGUUCAUUUUGAUGGCUGGGACCAUAAGUAUGUCUACAGGGUGGACAUAGACAGCCCUGACAUUCACCCAGCUGGGUGGUGUGAUGUCACAGGGCAUCUACUAGAAGUACCAUACAUAUCCAAUGAUAUGAAGACCCUUCCAGGUCAGUCUUUCUGUCCUACUCCAGGAUGUCGAGGGAUAGGCCAUAUCUGGGGUCCACAAUAUUCGGGACACCACAGACUUGUACAGCAGGCAAAGUGUUUGAAAAUCAAAGGAAAAGAAGAUUUUGACUGGGAUAAUCUCUUCAGAGAAUAUAAUGUUGAAAACUCUGCAGAGCAGACUCACCAGUCCGUCUUCAUGCCGUCCGUGUCAGCCAGCCCCUUCCGUGACCUCCCCCUGGGAAGGGAGCAGCACUGUAAGCUUCUGCCCGGUGUGGCCAACAUCCAGGCUGGCCAGGUGGCCUGAUGGACAGUGGAUGAGCUGACUUAUUUUGUACAGUCUCUUUUGGGCUGUGAAGAGCAUUCCAAGUGCUUCAAGAAAGAGCAGAUUGAUGGUAAGGCCUUCCUACUUCUGACCCAGACAGACAUUGUGGAAGUGAUGAAGAUCAAACUGGGUCCAGCACUGAAGAUUUAUAAUUCUAUCCUCACGUGCAGGAAUUCCCAGGAUCUCACUGAAGAAGACACUUUCUCAGGCCAGGAAGUGAAGGGAUAAGUUCCACCCAACCUGCUCCUGCACCAUGUCCGGGUUCUUUCAGCAUCAGCUUGGCCCACGUCAGUUGGAGUAAGUCACUUAGGAGAGUCCAAGAAUAAGAUGAAAACUGUCUGCCUGGGCUCAGUGUAAUUGGUGAGAUGCUCUGAAGGCUUCCAGGACAAAGGACCCCUCAGGCUUCUGGACACAGGGAAACCUGGGCCUGACUCCGGCACUGGAUGGCAGGUGGGACGGACACCUGUGCCCAGCGGCACUCAAACCCUCUAGUUUCUGCAGUGAGCAAGGUCUUGGGAGAAUUGAUUUGCCCCGUGUCCAUGUGAAUAUGUGUGGUAAGGAGCUGUGUGACACAUGAUCUGGUGUGUCUUCACAGAGACACAUCACUAAGAGGGGAGCUCCCUCAAAAUAGGGAGCCUGGGCUCUAGAAUCUGGACGAUUGUGACUUCUCAUCAGACCAGCUUUGUUUGCCUGAGUGACUGACAUUUAUGUGGAGUCAGUCCACAAAUCUGAGACAAGUGUCUCUUCCUCUAGACACACCCACAGUAAAAUUACAGGUGGUCCUGUAGAAGCCAAAUGCCAUUUGUUUCUGUUUGUCCUACCUGGGCUACACCUUCUCUAGACUGGCUUUUUUCAGAUAGAAAGAACAAGACUGGAGAGAGGGGAAAAGCCACAGCAGAGAAGCUUCUUCCCAUGCGGUUGGGCCAGGCUCACCUGGGAUAUAUAUAUAUGUAAAUAGAUGCACUAUCCGGGGAAGUAUCUUGGUAGCCCACAGCUCCAUUACUUGGGGAGGGCACUCACUGGGGGCUAUAAAAAUAUCAUACCUAGGGGUCGAGCGGUA